AUGGCUAAAAGUCCCCAAACCUCUAAACCAGAAAUUGCAAUUAUCUAUAUUUUAUUCAAGUUCUGUACAAUGAUCUUACAAGUUCAUGACUACUUUCUCGUUUUAUUGACAGAAUUUUUCCGCGAGCUCCUGGAGAAUGCGGAAAAGUCACUCAAUGAUAUGUUUGUACGGACCUAUGGGAUGCUGUACAUGCAAAACUCAGAAGUGUUCCAGGACCUCUUCACGGAGCUGAAAAGGUACUACACGGGGGGCAACGUGAACCUGGAGGAGAUGCUCAACGACUUCUGGGCUCGGCUCCUGGAACGGAUGUUUCAGCUGAUAAACCCGCAGUAUCACUUCAGCGAGGACUACUUGGAGUGCGUGAGCAAAUACACAGACCAGCUGAAGCCGUUUGGCGAUGUGCCCCGGAAAUUGAAGAUUCAGGUCACCCGUGCUUUCAUUGCCGCUCGAACGUUUGUCCAAGGACUGACUGUGGGCAGAGAAGUUGCAAAUCGAGUUUCCAAGGUCAGUCCAACGCCAGGGUGCAUUCGCGCUCUCAUGAAGAUGCUGUAUUGCCCUUACUGCCGCGGCCUCCCGUCCGUGAGGCCCUGCAACAACUACUGCCUCAACGUCAUGAAGGGCUGCUUGGCGAAUCAGGCGGAUCUCGACACUGAGUGGAACCUGUUUAUAGAUGCGAUGCUCUUGGUGGCAGAGAGACUGGAAGGACCGUUCAACAUUGAGUCGGUCAUGGACCCUAUAGAUGUCAAGAUUUCUGAAGCCAUUAUGAACAUGCAAGAAAACAGCAUGCAGGUGUCUGCAAAGGUGUUUCAGGGAUGUGGCCAGCCCAAGCCCGCUCCAGCCCUCAGAUCGGCCCGCUCGGCUCCGGACAACUUUAAUACGCGCUUCAGGCCCUACAAUCCUGAGGAAAGACCGACGACCGCUGCAGGCACAAGCCUGGACCGGCUGGUCACAGACAUUAAAGAGAAGCUGAAGCUCUCUAAAAAGGUCUGGUCAACUUUACCCUACACCAUCUGCAAGGAUGAGAGCGUGACAGCGGGCACGUCAAACGAAGAGGAAUGCUGGAAUGGGCACAGCAAAGCCAGAUACUUGCCUGAGAUCAUGAAUGAUGGGCUGACCAACCAGAUCAACAACCCUGAGGUGGACGUGGACAUCACGCGGCCUGACACUUUCAUCAGGCAGCAGAUCAUGGCUCUCCGAGUGAUGACCAACAAACUAAAGAAUGCCUACAACGGCAAUGACGUCAACUUCCAGGACACGAGCGAUGAAUCCAGCGGUUCAGGGAGUGGCAGUGGGUGCAUGGAUGAUGUGUGUCCGACUGAGUUUGAGUUUGUCACCACAGAGGCCCCCGCAGUUGACCCCGACCGGAGAGAAGUGGACUCUUCUGCCACCCAGCUCGGCUACCCCCUGUUCUCAUGGUCUCUCCUCUGCAUCUCCCUGGCCCUGCAGAGACUGUGCAGAUAAUCCUGGUUUUUUGGUCAGAUGAAACUGCAUUUUAGCUAUUUGAACAGCCAACUUACUUCUUUUCUUACACUCUUGGACAAUGGACCAUGCCACAAAAACUUACCAUUUUCUAUGAGAAGAGAGCAGUGCUGCAAUCUGUCUCCCUUUUUGUUUUCCCAAAGAGUACCAGGUGCCAGACCGAACUGCUUCCUCUUUCCUUCAGCUAUCUGUGGGGACCUUGUUUAUUCUAGAGAGAAUUCUUACUCAAAUCUUUCGUACCAGGAGAUUUUCUUACCUUCAUUUGCUUUUAUGCUGCAGAAGUAAAGGAAUCUCACGUUGUGAGUUUUUUUUUUUUCUCAUUAAGAAAAAAUAACAAUUCUUAUUAAAUCGGGCCAAACCCCAAGACAACUGCAUUUGCAACAAACAAGAGAGAAAAAAUAAAAGAACUUCAAAGCUAUGAAUUUGACAUCAACAGCCCACUCCCAGUGUGUCUCUGUGACAACCCAGGUUUGCAAAAUGCUUAUGGGGAGAAGGUUUGGAUUUUUUUUUUUUUUUAAAACGUAAUGAAAAUACAAUGUUGUCUUGGAGGUAUUAUCUUGUACUCUAACCACACAAUACCAAAUUGAUUUGGAGGUACUGAUACUAAAAUUUACACUUUCAUCUUUAACAUGAAAGCAAAAAAAAAAAAAAUUACUACAACUCAGCACCUCUCUCUCACCCAGCCCAAUUCCAAUUUCAGUAAUGGCACCAUUUUUAAUUCCCUUAUGUCUGACCAUUGUAUCCAAUUGGCACAGAAUUUUUCCCUUCAUCUUCAGUUAGUACUGAACACUUCUAUCAAUUCAUCCUCCUCCAGGGUCUGGAUUGAAAAUAACCUUCAAUGAUACAAUGUCUUCGCUUUUCCACAAGUUUGACAUUAAUUAGAUGUCUCUGCCCCUGUGCUCAUUUCCCUUCCAAAAUAGCAGUUCUUCAGAUGAACUGAGCCGCAAUCAGAUCCGUAUGUGAGUUUUCAUUUUUAACUCUUUGCUUUGUGUCAGUUGGUUUCUGCAUCACAAGGGCAUUCUCUUACAAAAUAACUCACAACAAAAAAAGUCAAGACAAGAAAAUAUAUAUAUACAGUAUUGACAUGGAGAUUUCUUUCACUUUUUUAGUCUUAGUAUGAUCAUCUAUUUUUAUAUCUAUAUAUAUAUAAAUCACAGAUUUUAACUUCUUAAUUCCAAGCUCAGGGUUGACACACCUUUGUAACAAAACUGUUUUGUCAACCAGCUCUUCUUGUUUUGUGCUGCCCAGAGGAGGGAUUCCUCAGUGAUCUGUGAGCACCAAGAAUCAAGAAAGAGAACUUUUUACAUAUCUAACUGUCCAUUUAUUAAAAGUUUCCCAGGGCACACCCGUUUCACAUGAGCGUACUUUGUCCUGAGUGCUCCAGACUGUACCGAGCCCAAGGGAAGAGCCAUGGGUGUGCAGGACUUUACUGGUGACGGAAACCAUAUGCAUAAAGAAUGUGUCAUUCACUCAAAACCACUGCUUUCAUGUACAAGGCCAUCAGCCUAGGAUUCCUGCUUGGCACUUGGAUAAAUGACCUGACUCAGAGGCCAAUUUAAAAAACAGCCUAGCCAAUCCAUGCCAAUGCCAGGUUCUAUGCUCCCCCUGACAGAGAGAAGCAAAAUAAACCAAACUGGGGCUUUCUAAAUACGGUUGGCUAUCCAUGUGUUUCUUGGUUUUUACGAUGCAUCUGGAGUUGGGAAAAGUAACAUUUCAAAAUGCCAUACUAUGCCAGUCACGUUUUAAUUAACCCAUUGACAGUAAUGACAUGUAAAUGGUAUUUUCGAUCUCCGUUUUCAUCAAAAUUGUAAUUAGUUAUUGAUUUAGUCAUCACAUUUAAGUAGAACACACACGGCACAAUAGUAUUAAGUAUAUUUGAGCACUUUUACAAAACAAAGUAUUUACAAGCAUCUAUUGCUAGUUUAUGCCUAAUGGAAUAUGAAAUGUAGGAUUUUGAGAGACUUGGUGGCAUCCUUUCAUUUAAAUCUUUAUGAAAGUAAUACUUUUUCUAAUUUAGCAUUACAUACUUAAAGAAAAUCAGACAUUUCGCUGCCAAAUUCAGCUUCCUGUCACCAAUUACACAUGCAACAUCUUUAUGCAGGACCAUUCAUUUCUGUUGCCCAUUUCAUUGUAUGUUUAAAACCUAUUAUUGUCUUUCUCCAGUAAUUAAGGUGCAAUACAAAUUAAAUCAACCUCGAUUUUCCAGAAUAUUUGAGUAAUAACUUCUUUUCAUGGCUUUAAACUCCAAGUCUUUUUAUUAUUAUUAUUUUAUUUCUCCAUUGUCUUCUAUGAAAGAGAUCAGGAAGCCUUCC